GAAAGGACCAGUAAUAGCUCAUCGCUCAGAAGAUGGUAAUUAAGUGCUAGUUCUUGAAGGCCAUGACAAUGAUCUGCCACGCACAGAAUUCCUUUAAAAAUAGGGCUCCUCAAAGCUGAAGGAUCUUGCCUUUCUGAAGGGGCAGAUAGAAGUUCUACAGCGCAGGCUAGAAGAUGAGGUACAAGCCGGAGUGGGAAAAGAUGGUUCCCUUUUGAGCUCUCCAUUCCUUAAAGGAUUCCUGGCUGGAUAUGUCGUUGCCAAACUCCGAGCCUCCGCAGUUCUGGGAUUUGUGAUCGGAACUUGCAGCGGUAUUUACGCAGCUCAGUCGUAUGCAGUGCCAAAUGUGGAGAAAACUAUCAAAGAUUACCUUAGUUCUCUGAGAAAGGGGCCUGAUUAGACUUGAACAGUGCUUACACUCCAUUCCCUGCUCCUCUCAUGUAUUAAGUGCUUUACUUGAACGUUAUCAGUUAGAAUUAGGGACCUCUCACGUUGCACAGUAUGUUACUGUGUGCCGGUUACAUAAACUGGAUGUACAGGGUAUGUCCUAUCUGUAUUCUCAGCAGGCCUGACAGCUACUGUUUUCCUUGCCUUGAUGCAAAGCAGAAAGCGGGUUGGAUGAACUUACGGUGUGUGGAACAAUUCUUAUAGCAAAGACGACAACGGGCUGUUUGUGCAGAACAUUUGGCAAAUACAUUCGGAGCUCCAAUGCUCUCAACAAUAUUUUCUGCAUUCAUGAAUGAGUAACAUGCUAGUUCUCAUAACCAAGCCUUUAACCUGUUUUUUUUUUUUCUCAUACUUUGUCAUUUAUCUCCGGGUGUUUAUUUCUGGUGCAUUUUAUCCAGGUCUGUAUAUGAAAUAAAAUUUGGUACCAAACCGCUAACAAAUGUAAAUGGGCUUUGCUCAUAAUUUCUAAGGGUACUAGCAAUGUAUUCUGUUAACAUUGAGCCCGACGGGUCAAAUAAUUCUCCUGGUAGGAAGAGACUAAAGCAGAUAUUAUGGGGGCUGAUGUUAGUCCUGUCUGUUACCAUUUAUGGUUCUCAUGCACCUCUUAUUUACCUGUGCAAAGUCAAUGGUGAGAUUCCCUUCAGCUCGUCGGCUGUUGUCCUCCUAAUUGAACUGAGUAAGUUUGUAAUCUCCCUUGUAUUCUUCCUAAUUCAGGACUGGAAAUCCCUGAAAGCCUCUGUUUCGUGGCAUUUAGCUGCGCCAUAUGCAGUACCUGCUGUUCUAUACGGGGCAAAUAACAAUUUAGUCGUUUACAUUCAGCAUUUUAUGGAUCCUUCUAGUUUCCAAGUCUUAAGUAACCUGAAGAUUGUCAGCACAGCCGUGUUGUACAGCUUAUUCUUGCGCCAGAGAUUGUCUGUCCGCAGGUGGCUGUCUGUCUUCUUGCUUUUGGCUGCUGGAGUAUUCUAUAGCUAUGGUGGAAUCCAGGAUCUGGAAAAGGUGUCUUCAGACACAAAUCUGUAUGUUACUCUGCCAGGCUUGCUGUUAAUGCUCGCUUAUUGCCUUAUCUCCGGACUGUCUGCCGUUUACACAGAAAUGACUUUAAAGACUCAGAAGAUACCACUGAACAUGCAGAAUCUUUAUUUAUAUUCGUUUGGCAUAAUUAUAAACCUCACAGCACACCUGACCAGCAGCAAAAACAGUGACUUUUUUGAUGGGUUUUCUGUUUGGGUUUGGGUUAUCAUCCUCAGCCAGGCCCUUAAUGGCUUGAUUAUGUCUCUUGUGAUGAAACUCAGUAAUAACAUCACCAGGCUUUUUAUUAUUUCUUUCUCCAUGCUGGCAAAUGGGUUUUUGUCUUUCAUUUUGUUCCAGCUACAGCUCACAGCACUAUUUUUCUUGGCAGUGGUGCUCAUUGGCCUUGCUGUCUACAUGUAUUAUGGCAUGAAGUAACACAAUACAAUACACAGACUGCCUUUUGAUUUUGUUUCUAGUAUUGUAACCAUGGGUCAUGUAAAGUUCUUUUAGAAUUGAACACUGCUACUGGGAAUGAAGGGCCUAAUAAAUCAUUUAAAUAUAUGCCAGGCACUGUGUGCCAAAUGUAUACUUGCACCAUAGCACAUUAUCAGGUGGUGCAGAAACCCGAGGCCGAGAAUCAGCCCCUACCUUGCCUCAGCUCCAUGUUGCAUCAACCUUAAGGUAGAAGUAUUAAUUUCAUGCAUAGAUAUUUAUUCAGAUAAAUCAGUAACUUCACCUUAAUAUGAUAGACAAUACCAUUUGUAUUGACAUUGCAAUUCAGUCUUCCCCUUCCCCCUUCUGAGAAGAUACAGUGCAGCAAAGAAGUGUACAGCCCAAAUCUUACCUGAACAGACCUUUAGGUUGGAUUUCCUGGUCUAUAUAGGAGCCAUUUUCCACAAAGGUUCCCCCAGCCAUUGCUCUAGUCCUCUAUUGUAUAGUUAGACCCACCACUGCCCAUAUGCUAAGUUGCACAGGGUUGCUAUAUUUUGGGAAGGUGUCAGAAGUCAUAAAUAUGCUUCAGUGAACCCAAACCAAAGAAAAAAAACAUUUCUAUAUUUUGGGGGUUAAAUAGCAGAAAUGUAUAUGAUGCAUGUUUGUUAUUGGGAAGAAUGUCUGAAAUACUCAUGUAUAAAGUAAGCGUAUUUAGCAAAUGCUACUUCCAUUAAAUAUUAUAUGCUUUAUUUUCUGUAUCUAUUAAAAUAUUUUUAUGCUC